UCCGUUUCGUUACCAAAUGUGAUUGAUGUAUUCGUGCAAACUGUUUGGUGUCUUAUUCCUUUUUAGUAAAUGCAUCUUUGAAGUCACAGAUACUCGCAUAUGGGCACAGUCUGCGUGUGUCUCUCUCACACCCACACGCACAAACAUGUUGUAAUUCACAUUGUCUCCAUAAGGAUGUGUUGUUGACCGGUUCCUCAAACGGAGAGCCUAGGAAUCUACGAGUAUUGCAGUCUCAACUGAGACAGACUGAAGGAUUUCGGCAGACGCUCGCGAGUACGGCACCGUAAAAUGCAAGAGUUCGGCUAGUUUGGUUUUGAUUUUGCUGGUAUUUCAAGAUUGAUUCUCCAAGAUAGCUCAGUCGAGUUCACCGCCUCCAAUGGGAGUCUUCUGCGCGUUCUCGAGGCACAUUUUAGGAGAAUGCUGCAUGGAUGCAUUAGCAGGCGUGUCGGUCACAGAAACAAUCAUUGGCGUUGUUGCGGUGGGUUUCAAUACAAAUGGGUUACCUUGCAACCUCAUUUUUGAGUUUCCGAGCUGCAACUAUGUGGAAGAAUGAUGCUACCAACUUUGCAUACUUUCAUACUUCGUUAGUUCAUGGUGCAAGAGCAGCUGCCGAAUACAAAGAAAAUAAACUGGAUCUUAAAGUGGCAAUCUGUGGCGAUGCAACGAUCCACAAAAUUACCCUUGCUGUUGCGAGCCAAGAUAUGAAAACCUUUCCAACAUGCCAGCGAGCAAAUGCAUUUCGUGAUGUCCAAGGGGAUGGAGCUUCCGAAAAUGGGACGCCUCGGAUUUCUUGCGGUGGUGGUUCUCGAUCUGCUUAUAUUCCACUUGGAUCUAAUCGGAGGGCAGCAGGGUUACCCGACCCUCAACAUCGCCAUCAUUAUGGGCAGAAGCCCCGACAGCACGGGCUUUAGGGAUGUGUGGAUCAAGGAAGACGCCCCCGACUUUCCCAUUGAUGUCAACGUGGUGACCGUGGCGGUGAACCAGACCGACCCGAAGAGUAUCAUUACCCACGUGUGUGAUUUAAUGUCAGGCACCAAGAUCCACGGCGUGGUGUUUGGAGAUGACACGGACCAGGAGGCUAUCGCUCAGAUUUUGGAUUUUAUUUCCUCCCAGACUUUUAUCCCUAUCCUGGGAAUUCACGGUGGCUCUUCCAUGAUCAUGGCAGAUAAAGAUCAAAAGUCAACAUUCUUCCAGUUUGGAGCUUCCAUACAGCAACAGGUUGGAGUGAUGCUAAAUAUCAUGGAAGAAUAUGACUGGCAUGAGUUCUCCAUUGUAACCAGCACCUUCCCUGGAUAUCACGAAUUUAUUAGUGUAUUAAAAACCACAGUUGAAAAUAGUUUUGUGGGCUGGGAGCUUCUCAGCACCAUCACAUUAGAUGCUGUUGAUGGGGAUUCAAAGGCUCAAGUCCAACUGAAGAGAAUACAGUCAUCAGUUAUUCUGUUGUACUGUUCGAAAGAUGAAGCUGUUUUCAUUCUGGAGGAGGCCCGUUCCCUGGGCCUCACAGGCUUUGGUUUCAUCUGGAUUGUGCCCAGCUUGGUUACGGGUAACACAGACAUCAUACCUGAGGAAUUUCCAGCUGGGCUGAUUUCUGUGUCGUACGAUGAAUGGGACUACAGCCUGCCUGAAAGGGUGACUGAUGCUGUUGGCAUCAUUACAACAGCGGCUUCCGCCAUGAUGGAGCAAUAUGGAUACAUUCCUGAAGCGAAGACAAGUUGCUACGGCCAGCUAGAAAGGAAGGUUCUUCCAUUUCUUUCCCUGCACAAGUUUAUGAUGAAUGUAUCCUGGAAUGGCAGAGAUCUCUCCUUCACUCGGGAUGGAUAUCAGUCCAACCCAAAGCUAGUGGUGAUAGUACUGAACAAAGAGCGUACCUGGGAAAAGGUCGGGAAAUGGGAAAAUGGUAGCCUGGCCCUGAAAUAUCCUGUGUGGCCAAGAUUUAAUUCCUAUGCAGAUGGCGAGGCAGAUGACAGCCACCUAAGUGUUGUAACGUUGGAAGAAACCCCCUUUGUUAUUGUGGAAGAUGUGGAUAAACUAACUGGAACAUGUGCAAGAAGCAAUGUCCCAUGCAGGAAAAAUAUCAAGGCUUUCAAUUCCACUGACAAGGGGCUCUAUGUGAAGAAAUGCUGCAAAGGAUUUUGCAUUGAUAUUCUGAAGAAACUUGCAAAGGCUGUGAAAUUCACAUAUGACCUGUACCUGGUGUCAAACGGGAAGCAUGGCAAAAAAAUCAACGGUGUAUGGAAUGGAAUGGUUGGUGAUGUGAUGUAUCAACGAGCAGAGAUGGCUGUUGGCUCACUGACUAUUAACGAAGAGAGGUCGGAAGUUGUGGAUUUCUCAGUGCCCUUUGUGGAAACAGGAAUCAGUGUUAUGGUAUCUCGGAGCAAUGGCACAGUUUCACCCUCUGCAUUUUUAGAACCCUUCAGUGCGGCGGUGUGGGUCAUGAUGUUCGUAACACUCCUUAUCGUAUCUGCCAUAGCAGUGUUUGCGUUUGAGUACUUUAGCCCAGUUGGGUACAACAGAAACUUAGCAAAAGGAAGAGCUCCACAUGGCCCCUCCUUUACAAUAGGCAAAGCAAUUUGGCUGCUUUGGGGCUUAGUUUUCAACAACUCUGUGCCUGUCCAGAAUCCGAGGGGAACGACGAGUAAAAUAAUUGUCUCCGUAUGGGCCUUCUUUGCUGUAAUAUUCCUCGCAAGCUACACUGCCAAUUUGGCUGCCUUCAUGAUUCAGGAAGAGUUCGUUGACCAAGUGACUGGGCUCAGUGACAAAAAGUUUCAGAGGCCUUAUGACCAUUCACCACCAUUUCGAUUUGGGACAGUUCCAAACGGAAGCACAGAGAGAAACAUCAGAAAUAACUAUCCAGAUAUGCAUGCUUAUAUGUCCAAAUACAAUCAAAAAGGAGUGCAAGAUGCCCUGGUUAGCCUGAAGAGUGGAAAGUUGGACGCGUUCAUAUAUGAUGCGGCAGUGCUGAAUUACAUGGCUGGAAGAGAUGAAGGCUGCAAGCUUGUAACAAUUGGCAGUGGGUAUGUCUUCUCAACCACUGGCUAUGGGAUAGCUUUGCAGAAAAGCUCACCUUGGAAGCGUCAGAUUGACUUAGCUCUCCUCCAAUUUGUUGGUGACGGUGAAAUGGAAGAACUGGAGAGUUUGUGGCUGACUGGCAUUUGUCACAAUGAGAAGAACGAAGUGAUGAGCAGCCAGUUGGAUGUUGACAAUAUGGCGGGUGUGUUUUACAUGCUGGCUGCUGCCAUGGCACUGAGCCUGAUCACCUUUGUGUGGGAGCAUUGGUUUUACUGGAGCCUGAGACACUGCUUCAUGGGAACUUGCACUGGAAAACCAGGACUCCUCUUCUCAAUCAGCAGGGGAAUCUGGAGCUGUAUACAUGGUGUGCCCAAUGAGGAAAAGAAGAAAUCUCCCAACCUGGAUUUAAACAGUCCUCAAACAAAUAUUCUGAGGCUGUUUAAUACAGCAAAACCAAUGGCCAAUAUAUCGAACCUUAAUGCUUCAAGAGCAAACUCUCCUAAAAGAACUUCCAAUUUCAUUCAGAGAGGGUCAUUGCUCCUUGAUGUGGUUGACCAAAAGGGGAAUUUCUUGUACUCUGACAACAGGCCCUAUCAACCCAAGGAGACGGGCUUCAACGACAACACUGGUGAAAUGUUAACAUUCAACGUAAGCCGUCAGAAAGAUAACCGUAACAAUUAUAUCCUCCAAGGGCAGCACCCAUUGACUCUAAACGAAGCAAAUCCCAACACCGUGGAGGUUACAGUAAGCUCAGAAACUCCAAAACUUAACUCCAGGCCUAGGCAGUUAUGGAAAAAGUCUGUGGAAACCUUGCGGCAGAAUCAGGGAUCAGUGGUAGAAAGUGUCAAUGUAGAGCCCAAGCAACCUGUGAAAAAUCAGAGGUACCUACCAGAAGAAGUUGGCCAUUCGGAUAUGUCGGACUGCUCUAGCCGUACCGCUUCCCACAAGGACCCUGAUAACAAUCAAAAACAUCAUAAGCAUAAGGAAACCUUCAAAAAGAAAUCCAUGAUGGCCAAAUAUCCUCGAGAUUGCAGUGAGAUAGAGCUCUCUUAUCUUAAGGCUAAAGAAGGGCAUCAACACCAUCGCGAGAAAGUGUACACCAUUGAUUCUGACAGGGAGUCCAAUUAUCACUCAGAUCACCAUCAUUACCGAGAAAAUGUGGCAAUUGCUGAAGACCUGGACUAUCCGCCAGUGUAUCAUGAUCAGAAUGAGAAUUACAGGAAACAGGAAGCAGUUCUACACCUAAAUAGGACUCCUCAGCAUAAUGAGGACAGCCUUCCCAAUGCUGAAAACAAAUGCAGCAUGUACAAUAAGCACUACAGCUUGAAGGAGAAAAAUAUUUCCCCUGUAGAAUACAGUGAGAGGUACAAGCAGCCCACUCAACACUGCAGAAGCUGCCUUUCCAAGCUGCCUAACUAUACCACACACUAUUCGGUCAGGUCUCCGUACAACAGAUGCGAUGCCUGUGUACACACGGCAAAUUUAUAUGACAUUAGUGAAGAUCACAUGUUACAAGAGCCAGUAAGCCCCAUGUGCCCUGAAGAAUCCUUUGCCCAUCAUUGGGCUCCUUCUGAUGUCUCUAACAUGCAGAGAGUAAACAGGCUCAGGAUUAGCAGGCAGCACUCCUUUGACAAUAUCCUUGAAAAGCCUAAGGAAGUGGAUCUCGGAAGACCUGCCCGGAGUGUGAGCCUGAAAGAAAAGGACAGAUUUCAGGAUGACCCUUAUGCACAUGUAUUCAAUAUUAAACCAGAGAAACUCUUUAGCACGAAGGUUUCCGUUUUUGACCACAAUCUGGAGGAAAGCAAGCGGAGUAAGUCAUUGUAUCCAGAUCACGUCUCCGAGAAUCCAUUCUGGCACUCCUUUCGCGAAGAUCAGCAUCUGGUCCAUGGGCGAAGUUCUUCUGACAUAUAUAAACAGUCUGCUGCAUCAAAGGCAUGCUACGAUAAUCACUUUAGAUCAUCUGUUAAGUCGACAGCAUCAUACUGCUCCAGAGAUGGACGAGUUCCUAAUGAUGUGUACAUUUCAGAACAUAUUAUGCCUUAUGUAUCGAGCAGGAAUAGUAUUUACUGUGCUCCCAGGGUUUUGAAUUCUUCCAGCAAUAGACGUGUCUACAAAAAAAUGCCUAGUAUUGAAUCAGAUGUUUGACUCAUCAUUUGUUUGUCUAAUUCUACGUUAAUGCUAUUCAUUUGCUGUAGCUAAUGAUGUACAUAGUUGCCAACAUUUUGAAAUAGGAUCUUAGGAGACAUUAAGGGGCAGCUUUGCCAGAUAGUCAUUGCUAACAUUGUCUUCUUUCUCCUAUUUUCUGAUAGAUAGGGCUGACUGGCCUUUCCUACUAUCUGAUGGCAAAGGAGCAACAGAAAAGAGAUACAUGUUGAUGAUCAUACCAACUGGUUAGCUUUGCUGCAAAUGAAGACUGCAUAAAAUGACCUAGUGGAAUUAUUGUCUCCCUUUUACGGUGCAUUAAUCUAUAACAGACCACACUAGGCAGGCCAUUGAAUCUUAGGAGAACACUGGUUAUGUAAAGUAAGCAAGAAAUAGAUGACAAGCUCAAUAUUACUGUGUAAAUGUAGGGAGUUGGCAACUAUGCUAUUAUAUUUACUCCAGUUCUGUAACUGCUGAAAUGUUUAAAUUAAACUGUUUCCCAAAGUGAAACCCUGAGCUAAAGCAGCUAAUGGCAUACUUUAAAAAUUCUGAGAACAAAUGGGUCCUCAGGUAGAGCCAUAAUCUUUUUCUUUAGAAAAUAAUAAAAAUCCUGAGUGCAUAGCUUAUCUUAUGUGGUCAACCUUCUCAAUUGUGCAAAUUUAUCCUCGGGAUAACACCUUCAUGAACAUCGGUUGGACAGGAUACUGUGAGGAUUCCAAUGUUAAGCAUAAUAUUCCUACAACCCUAUAAAAGUCAUCACAUUGAGUAACAGUGCUGCAGCCGUAAUAUUUUGAGCCUUGUUUUCUAUUGUUCCAUCUGGUAAUUUGUUCCAGCCUUUGUUGCUUACUCAAGUUUGUUCACUGUAAGAAGUUAUGGACCAGCAGUCCAACAGGAAAAGAUUAACUGCUGGGGAGCAACAGAAAUUUGCUAAUAAAAUGCAUGGCAUGAACGUUCAGGGAUUUUGCACUUCUGAACAUUAGAGAUUUUAAUAAAUCCUGGUAGUUGCAAAAUGUAAUUUAUAUGCUGUUAGCUUGGGGAUUCACUUCAACUGAAUUCUUUAACUCUCCCCAGAUUUGAUAGACAUGAAUUGUGAACGAAUCUUAUAGUCCAUCUCUUUGCAGUAUAUUCCCAUUGUAUUGUAUAUUUAUCAUGUAAACUUGAACUGAUUAUUUUGAAUAUGGAAACAGGGGUAUAACAUACGCCCCUUUGGGCAACAAACAUUAGAAUGUCACCAUUAUAGAAAAGAACAUAUAAUUAUUAAAAAUAGUAUACGUAAGUAUCUUCAGUUAACUCUAGAUUUCUACCAGUGCUGAGUUUUGCUGCUUGAUAAGUGAAAUAUGCCCACGGCUUUGAAUAAAAACUUCCAUAACUACCAGCACACUAUGGGCAUUUUGUAUGUUGAAAGGGCUGGAACUUAUGACUUUGAGUACCAGUGAUAUGCUUAAGUUAAAAAAAAUUCCGCCUUUGAAUAUAUCCAUUUAAGGCUUAAAGUACCUGUGUUUUGUUUUAUGAUGUUUUUCACAAUAUCAUGCGAAUGACAUAACAUAAAGAUGUUUUCAGCAUAAACAGUACUUCAGAAAGUUGGCCUCAAUUUCAUUCCAAAAUACCAUGUUUAACUCUGAGGUCUGUAUCUAAUUGUAUCAAAGGAACACCCCGUGUAAAUGCUUAUCAGAAGUAUAGUGCAAUAAUUUGCUUGUACUUGUGAUAAAUACAGGAAUACGACAGUCCAAUUGAUCAGCUUUGCCUUUGAAACAAGUAUUAUUUUACAACAUUAAUUUCCAAUUUGCCAGCAAACCCAGAAAUGUACUAAGUGUGGAUGUCUUAACUUAGGAGCAAAACUAACUCACUAAAAAUUACAUUGAGAUUUCUUGAAGCUAGCACAGAAAAAAAUUAAAUUAGAAAAGAAAUUAAAUGAUGUUCUGUGAUUCUUGCAAAUGCUAGUGGGAAUACAGCAAUCUCAGAGGUCUUUACAGUUUUAAUUCCAACCUUGCAAUCUAGUUUUAAUGACCAUUAAUCUUAGUCGCUGCAACUUAGUGAAACCAUCGAGUGGUCACAUUGAAUGGCCACUGCUGAGAAAUUCAUUGCUCAGUGAAUGCAGAAUCUUCUUCCAGAAAGCAAAUUAUGUGUUUACACUGAAAGCUUAUUCAAUAAUACUUUCAACAACACUGUCAAUAAUACAAGAAUUUUAAAACUCUAUUAAAGAUUUAAAUUUAAUUCCAGUACAUUCCCACUGUGUUUUCUCAUACACCAGAUCUUUGAGAAGGGUGUUAAAAAGAAGGGGAGGGAAUACAUUUCCAACAAUGCUUCCAUGCACUUUAAUACAAUACUGCUUCCCACUCAUCACACAAUAUAAUUUCAAGCAAUAAUACAGUUUAUGUUGAAAAACAACGUAGUAAGCUCCAUUAAAACUCAAAUACCUCCUUCACCCCAGCAUGGCAACCUUCCUGGCGAGCUGAACCAUUACUAGAACUUGCAGCACACCAAUCUUUUUAACGUGUAGGCUACAGGUAUAGAUAGAGUAUCAUUUGAUAAUGUCUUGUGCAUGAAAAGAACACUACCAAUUGUUCAGGAGUUAUGUCACUUUAAACUUAUUGCAUAAGGAAUAGUCUAAUUUUACAAUCACUGAUUAUUUGACAUUACCAUGAAAGCUCUCCCACUUAUAAUAACCUAUUAAAAUAGUUUACACUCCUUCCUUAGUGAACAUCAUUUCACUAUAGGAAGUAUCCAAGCCUCAGUCGCUUAAACUAGUGAUGAUGGAAUCAUUCAUUCUCCUUUUGAAAUUGCUGGUUUUUAUAAAAAUUCUGCUUUUUAAUGAUAUUCUUUUGUAAUUGAAUAACCUAGUAUAGAGCAAACAACUGACAUUACUUAAGAAUAUCUUGAACAUUUGCAAGAUUACUCAAGAAAAGUUUGGCCUUGUACCACAACACAUGUAAGUUGAUUAUUGUGCAAAAAUAAGGAAAGGCCUUUCAAAAGCUUGAUUAUUUUACCAUUAUCAGAACACUUUUUAUAUAAAGACAUAAGCGAUAUUUCAGCUGUAAAUUGCAAAAAGCUUGAUCUUUAUAUAAUUGUAUUAUAGUAAUGAAUGUGAAAAAUAGUUACUAAAAUUAUAAACCAUCAUUUACAUAUCUGAUUAAACAAAGCCAACACUAUGGUAAUUAGUGCAGUUAUGAGUGUAACGAGAUAUCGUACAUUUCUACUGCACAAGCUAAUUAGUAGUUUCUCAUCCCUAUCCAUGCCCAUUAAUGCUGUAUCUUUACUUAUAUUUUAUCGACAAGUCACAACAGUAGAUUGCCAUAUAUAUUUAGCUGAACGAUAUUAAUUGCCUUUAUUAUUAUUUCUCAUAGUUUAUUGCCCUUUUUGGCAUAGAAUGAUUUCUAAGGUUAGCGGAGUAACAUGAUAUUGUGGAAAUUUGAUUGCCACACAUGCAGCAUGUUUAAUUCAGGUACAGUGGUGGCUGACACUAUUUCGGUUCCUGGUUUGCACAAUUGGUUUUCUUAGUCAAGGAAAUUAGGCUGUAACUCAACACAGAACAAAACAUAUUAUCUUUUCUAUGUCCAUGUAUUUUUUUUUAGUUUGUAACUGUUUUGUAUUCUAAUUGUGCCCCUUAAUAUUUCUCUUUAAAUGAAGAGAUAUUGCAUUUUCUUCUUGAAGUGGAGUAAGUUUGAUCUGGGUGACAGUCAUGCUAGUGACAUAUUUCAGAUUGCAUUAGUGAGGGAGUUACACAAAACAAUUCAGUAAGAUAUUUGGCGAGGACUAAGCAUAAAUAAAUAUAAGAUGUAUAUUUUGCUAGACAGAAUGAAUUCAAGCUAGUAACCAAAUGUUUGGGUCUGAAAUGUUCUUUGGCUGUGUGCAUGUUGUCCUCAACCAUAAAAUAUAUGUCAUGCUUAUCCAAUUUACAUUUAUGUGCAACUUGGACGUGCAAGCAUUGGACACACAUUUUGCCUUGCUAAACAUUCACAAUGAUAUUUUGUUUAAUUAUUGGUACUAAAGUAAUUUGAUUCCUGCCUAUUCCUUCAUUAGAUGAGAAAAUACUAAUUAUUACUUUGUGACAGUAUAGAUUUCAAACAUAUCUGCUAUCGAAGUCUGUAUUUACAUUUGUUUUGAUCUUUAUAUGAACUCUAACUGUAAUAUUUGCCAAGGUUGUCUUUAAAACUGUAAUAUGUGUUUUUUUUUCAUUGUAGAUGUGUAGAAAUUACAAAUGGAAUGGAUUUAGAACGUUCAAAGUGUUUACUGCAACAGCAUUUGAUGUAAAUAGGUUGUCAAUUGUGCCAGAAAAUCUGAUGUAAAAAUGUAAAUAAGUAAAAGUACCAUUUUUCUAAGGAAGACUA